AUGCAUAUCGAGCCGGUCUUCCCAGUUCGACUAGUGUACAAUCGUGUAUACAUGUCCGCCGUUGUUGCAAUGUUCCUUUCGGGAUACUGCUAUCUGGCAAUAGUCAUCACCCUUCCAGAGCGUUUCCAGAUUGUCAAUGAAGACUCGGCGCUGAUGGCAGGCGUCCACCUGAUCCCUAUGCUCGGGGCCACUUCUCUGGGCUCCAUCAUCGCCGGAGCUUUGUCGAAGAGCAAGAACAACACCUCACGAACCCUUGUAGCGGCGUCAUGCCUCCAGGUCAUCGGACUUGGGCUCUUGACUACCUUUGAUGCUCCGUCGUCGCCUACGAACCCGCAAUUCGGCUAUCAAGCAAUUUUUGGUCUCGGCGUAGGCCUGACCUUUUCCUCCGCUACCAUUCUCACCAAGAUUCAGGCUUCCGGCAGAGACCACGCCGUGGCCCAAGGAGUAAUGGCUCAAGUCAGGGUCCUCGGUGGAGCCUUGGGCCUGGUAAUCUGCAAUGUAAUCUUCAACAUUCGUCUCGAGUCUCUCGAAGCCAAGCUCUCACCCCAGCAAAAGGACGCCCUCCACCGCUCCCCCAUGGCGCUGAUGGACAUGCCUGAGAAAGACGCCGGAGUCGUAAGAGACGUAAAGGAAGUGUUCUCGGCGUCUUUCCAGAGCAUGGUCUGGGUCAUGUUCUGGGUCGCUGUUGCCGAGGUUGUCGCGAGUCUUUGUACCUGGGAGAUGAACCCGACUUCUCUGGACGAGAUUGAUGCGGCUGCCCUUGCUCGAGCUCGCGGCAAUCACAAGCAGGACGGCAGCCGAGGAGGAAGUGACACGGAGCUUGAGAACCUGCCUAGCUUUCGUGCAACUUCGCAUUCGAGCACUGGGCGGAAGCGGCCUCCCACGCCAUCAGCACGUGGAUACUCAAGUCGGUUCUGA